CUGGCUCGGCCUUUCUCGAGCGCAGCAGUCUUGUUUUGGUUUCUUUUGUUGGGUACUUAGCGGCCAAUGGCCAACUACCGCAUUUCGCUGGCGCACCAGUUUCAAUUUCUGAUUGCCGCUCGACUCGGACGGAUCGCACAAAUCCCGCGUCUGCCUCUGCGUCUGAUUGAGCAUAACAUGAUGUGGGCAAUCGUACAGGUGGGUUUGGUGCUGCUCCUGGCUGUGCACUGUCAGGCGAACAGGGUUGUGGAUGACAUAUGGAGUGCGUUCAGGGGCGUCACCAAUGACAGCGUCUUGCUGGAGCACAUAAUACCGGAAAUGUAUGGACCGAGCAUGCAUCAAGCGAAUCCAACCUUCACAUUCAAAAUGCCCAACGGGCAGCGCGACGGCUUUGAGUUGUUGACAAUGCAGCGCUCCGACUUUGCGGAACCAAUCUUUCCCAAUAUCACAGCAAUGCCUCAAGUAGCGGCAAUCAAGUCCAAUCUGGAGGAAUGGCAGCAGCUGGGUUUGCCCGGCUGGACCGGUGAAUUGCAGGAGCAGCAGACAUGGUUGGAGCAGAUACACAAGGAGCCAGCACAGCAACAGCUGAGCUAUCCAGAGUCCGAAAUUUCGCUGAAUCUGAAGACCCAAAAGCUGGAUGGACAUGUGACGGAUAUACGUGUGAUAACGUCCAAUCCGGCGGAGGCGCAGCUCGAGGAUCUGCUGAAUGGAGAGAAUGUGUAUAUAGCGCGCGCCAACGCUCCCUUUGGCUACUCCAUGAAGUGGUCAUUGCGUAAUGAGACCGGACCGCCGAGUGAUCGAGGCAAACGGGAUGUGGCCAAGCUCUACUCCAUGAUCAAGUGCUCCACGAACUGUGAUCCGUUGAUCUACAAGGGCUACGGCUGCUAUUGCGGCUUUGGCGGUCAUGGAGUGCCCAACGAUGGCAUCGAUCGCUGUUGCCGCCUGCACGACAAGUGCUACGGCCAGAGCAACUGCAUCUCCUACCUCGAGUACUUUGUGCCCUAUGUGUGGAAAUGCUAUCGGGGCAAGCCCCUGUGCGCCAUCGAUCACGGCGAAUGGGGUGGCCCCGACUCCUGUGCGGCUCGCUUGUGUCAAUGCGAUCUGCGACUCUCGCGCUGCCUGCGCAAAUUCUAUUGCCCGCAUCGACGCGCCGUUUGCCACUCAUCGCGCUCCCGACGACUACAAAAUUUGAUAUUCUUUGAUUGA